GAUUUCGUGUCUUUCUGCUCUUCCUCAUUCAUCUCUGCACGCACUCUCGACUGCAUCCUUGUCACAAAGCCGCAUUGUUUCCUUGAGGCUCGCAGGCGUUCUCUUCAAGCAUUGGUAUAUAUAUUCUCAUCUCUUGCAAUCGAUUACGGUCCUCAUCUUUCUCCAGAACUCCCAUCAUAACAUCCUUCACCAUGUCCGACAAGCAAGACGCUCCUACGUCCUCCUCCACCGAGACCAGCGCAGUCUCCAAUGGCGCCAGCACUCCUAAAGCUAUCAUUAAAAACGUUGACAUGAGCGACGAGCUGCAACAGGAGGCCGUUGAUAUUGCUUCUGCCGCGUUGGAAAAGUACAAUAUCGAGAAGGAUAUUGCAGCGCAGAUUAAGAAGGAGUUUGACAAACGCCAUGGUCCUACUUGGCACGUCGUCGUUGGAAAGAACUUUGGUAGCUAUGUGACCCAUGAAACCAAACACUUCAUCUAUUUCUACAUCGGUUCUCUCGCCAUCCUUAUCUGGAAGUCAUAAUUAUCCAUCCAACAACCACCGAUGCCAUGGAGGUCAUAGCACCUCGCACGGUAGACUCUUUACGCACUCACCGGACCCUUUGCUCAAUUACUUCACUCGGUCGUAUUGUUGUUGUAUAUCCUUCUUCGCUUACGCUACUUAUUUCAUUCCCCAACUUCCGCCGCAAUAAUACCAAUUGUCGAUAUACUGUCUGACGAAGUCUAAAUGACUCGGUUCCCAGAUCUGAAGUGUCAACCACUCCUUAUUCGGACAACCAAUUGCAUGAAAGCUAUAGACAU